AGGCGCCAGGGCCCAACCAUGGCGCUAGAGGCCGCAGCACGGCCACCGGAGGAAACCCUGUUGUUCUGGGAACGGUAAUGGGGUCGGGGCCCGCAGUAGCCAUGGGGGUGGCUUCUCCAAUGACUUUUCGGCCUCACAGCCCCUGUGCAGCUGUGAAACCGAACACCCGGCUGCACCGCAGGCCUGGCCCGGGCCGCCACGCUGUCGGAAGUUGCCUUUGUGGGCGCGGCCCCCGUUUCCGGUCCGCUCGUAGGGUCGCGGCGCGCUUUCCCCCUUCAUCCUGGCUUGAUGGUCAGAAAGGAGAUUGGGGUGGACUGGAGGGUCGGGCUGUCCCGAGGGCCCUGAGCCCGUUUCGAUGUUUGUGCCCCGCCAGGGAACAAGCCCGGCUGAAGACGCGCGUGGUGGCCCGGGACACGGAGGCCUGGCAGCGGGACCCCACCUUCUCGGGCCUGCAGAGGGUCGGGGGCCUGGACGUGUCCUUCGUAAACGGGGAGAGUUCCCUGGCCUGCGCUUCCCUGGUGGUGCUGAGCUACCCAGAGCUCAAGGUGGUGUAUGAGGACAGCCACAUGAUUCGCCUGAAGGCCCCCUAUGUGUCAGGCUUCCUGGCCUUCCGAGAGGUACCCUUCCUGGUGGAGCUGGUACAGCGGCUGCAGGAGAAGGAGCCAGACUUCAUGCCCCAGGUCCUUCUUGUGGAUGGAAACGGGCUACUUCACCAACGAGGCUUUGGAGUGGCCUGCCACCUUGGUGUCCUUACAGAUCUGCCCUGCAUUGGGGUAGCAAAGAAGCUCCUGCAGGUGGACGGGCUAGAGAACAAUUCCCUGCACAAGGAGAAGAUUGUACUCCUUCAGGCUGGGGGAGACACGUUUCCUCUGAUGGGCAACUCUGGGACUGUCCUGGGAAUGGCGCUGAAGAGUCAUGACCGCAGCACCAAGCCCCUCUAUGUCUCUGUGGGCCACAGAAUAAGCCUGGAGGUCGCUGUGCGUCUGACCCACCACUGCUGUAGGUUCCGGAUCCCAGAGCCCAUACGCCAGGCUGACAUCCGCUCCCGAGAGUACAUCCGAAGGACUCUAGGACACCCCGGGUCUCAAGCACAAAGGCAGGAGAGGAGCCAGAAGGAGCAGGGGCCAAAGGCACGCCCCAAAAGUAGCCCAGGAUCACCUGCCGACCAAGACAGGCCCCCCGAGGACUGUGACAGAGGCCCCAGCACGGACCCCAAAGAUCCCCAGCCAGGCUUCCAGGAGCAGCCGAAAGCUCAGCAGUCAGAAGGAACUGGGCAUCAUGAAGACUCAGUCCUCUGGCCUCCUUCAGCCUGGUUACAGUCGCCACCCUGAGAAGAUGAUCUCUAGGAGCUGUGGGAACCUCACCCACAGCCACAGGUUGAGCACCCCUGCCAGAGGCAACAGCAGCCGAAUCCCCAGAAGGAUGCAGCAGGCAUAGUCUACCUUGGGCCAUGGCUGCCCAGCCGCCUCCAUCACUAGCUGGUCAGUGUGGUCACCAUGCUCCAGCAGGACAACAUUUCAGACCAGGAAACACACACAGAGUAUACAGGAGCUCCAGGUACCCAGAGGCCCUGAGAUUGUCAGCCUCUGCCAACACCUGCAACUCUGACCGUCCCCCUGGAAUACAGACCUGGUUCUGACUUGGCUCUGACUUCCGUUGCCAUCCUGGCCACAGACUGUCCUUCAGUAGGCAUAGCCAGACUGCAACCCCCAAGGUGCCUGUCCUUAAGCCUGGUGCUGAGCUUGAGGGACCUGCAGUGGGAAAGCCUCAAGCCUGGAGCAGGCUCAAGAGUGGGUGUUGGGGAGUCAGCUCCACAGAGGGUGCCAGAUGGGAAGCCGGUUGAGGCCCAUGGUGAGAAAGCCCCAGGCUCAGCUCCUCACUCCUCUUCCUGCCACCCUCUCACCAGAGGGAGCGUCAAAAUCCCAUCCCACCAAGAAAGCAGGUCUGUUUUAGGCCGGGCCUGGAGUGGUGGCUGCGGCGGGCCACAGAGGAGGCUCACGAGAAGCUCAGCUCCAGCACCCUGUUCUCCCACACACACACUCCAGGUUCACCAGAGUGGCAGCUGAGGUGGGACACAGAGGUGACAUACCUGUAACAUGUCCUCUGCCUGCACCCUAAUCCCCAGAUUUCCUGGAGGAGAGGUGGUGGGCUAGACUAGCUGCCAGAUCCUACACCCGUGGGGGGUCAGUGGUGGAGGAAGGACAGCAGGGCUGGCUCUCCUGUCACAGCCAGUCCCAUUUAGACUCGGCUGGGCCGCUGAGUCUCCCUUCUAAGCCAGGUAGUAGUGACUGUCAAGAUCCCUUGGGAGUAGGGCUGCUGGUUCCCACUCCCUGGGAUUUUAGUUUGGGACAUUGGGGAAGAUACAUGUGGUCCUUUCACUCAGUCAGUUCCCAGUAAAUUAGGUGUGUGGCAGAGAGAGGCAACCUCCCCACCACACACCUGAUGUAAGAGCCCCAGGGACACCCAUGGUGUCUGAGCAGGAAGGUAAUCCCUAUGGUGCCCACAUCUCCCACUUUCUUUAGGGGGCCUGUGGGAAGGGAAGUGUGUGCUUGACCAGGGAAUACCCCCAGCUGUGGCCUCGCUCCACCUACUGCUGAGUCACAGUCCCAGGCUAGUACCUUGGAUCUAACAGAGUGCCCCGGACUGGCAGGCUUCCAAGAGGUGCAGCCCCACUGGCCCUCCCCUAUCACUCACAAACACUGUACACACACAUGUAUGCACACUCACACAUACACGCAUGCACAUACACUCGUUCCCUGGCUUUCCUGUGGAAGCCAAGAGCGGGAGAGCCUGCAGCUGGCCCACCAUCUGUCUUCCUAACUUCUUCCUGAUUUCUCCCUCCUCAAGCCUU